AUGGGUCUGAUUAACCGUCGUCGUUACUGGUAUGUUGUCGAUAAUGUUUCACCUUAUUUUUACUGGUACAAAGACCACGACUCACUGAAAUGUGACGGACGUAUACCAUUAGCUUGUAUGGCAUUGACUUAUGAUCCUCGCGAAACUGGUCGAUUUCACAUACUAUCUGGUAAUGACAACUUCCUGCUGGAAUGUUCGUCUAAUCGUGUACGAGAUGAGUGGAUGCAAGUUCUGCAAGCGGCGCGCUUACGAAGUGUUAGAGGGCUGAAGGAAGAUGGCGUGGUACACGCAAAAGAUGACGUUGAAACAACGUUUGAUGCACCAAGCUCUACAUUUUACUUGACCACAAACGGAGAACUGAAUGAGCACAGUAUGGCAAUGCCCAAGCCAGUAGUUUCGCCAGAAGCUGUCAUAGGCCGCAUACUGGAGAAGACCAAUGAACACCUUGUUGCACCGAAGCGUGCGCUUGAAGGCGUGAGGCGAAGUAUACGUUUGAAGAAGGACUGUGAAGUGUGUAAGCAGGUAGGGUUUUGUUAA